AUGUCUUUGAAGAAGGAGUCCAGAACUGAUGUGCAGUUCCAUCUGGCGGCGCUGCGUGGCGACUGCGACCGGCUCAGGCAGCUCCUGGACACCGGGAAGGUGCACAUCGACUCACGGGACAGGGAUGGAACGACCCCGCUGAUCCUGUCUGCAGCGAUGGGCCACACGGACUGCGUUCGAGAGUUACUGGCGCAGGGCGCAGAUCCCGCUUGCUGCAGAACGACGGGGACGAGCGCGCUGUUCUUCGCGGCGCAGGGCGGUUUCCUGGACAUCGCGUGCCUACUCCUGGACGCCGGGGCCCAAAUAGACACACCCAGCAAGGAUGGUGGUACACCGUUGUUCGUGGCUUGCCAAUGCGGUCACCUGUCAGUAGUCGAAGAGUUAAUACGAAGAGGCGCCAACGUCAACUCUUGCAUGAAGGACGGCGCGACGCCGCUGUUCAUUGCGGCGCAGAACGGGCACGAGGCGGCGUGCGCGGCGCUGCUGCGGGCGGGCGCCGCAGUGGACGCGGCGCGCGCCGACCGCGCCACUCCGCUCUGGAUCGCGGCCCAGUGCGGACGUGCGCAGGCCGCGCGCGUGCUGCUGGCCGCCGGCGCCAGCGUGCACGUGGCGCGCCGCGACGGCGCCACGCCGCUCUUCAAGGCCGCGCACAAGGGCCACGCGCAGGUGGUGGCCGCGCUGCUGGAGCACUCGCCGCGGCCGGGGCUGCUGGCCAACGGCCAAACAGCCCUGCACGGCGCCGCCAUGUUCGGCCGGCUGGCCUGCGCGCGGCUGCUGGCCGAGCGCGCGCCGCACCUGCUCAACGCGCGCAACGCGGCCGGCCUGACGCCGCUGCAGGCCGCGCAGGCCGCCGGCGCCCACGACGUCGCCGCCCUCCUGCGCUCGCUCGCCCCCCCGAGCGCCCCCCCCUCCGCGCCCCACCGC